CACAAUCACAGACGCUUGCAGAGAAAGGUCAUCAGCAGUUUCUCACAGCUGUUCCCUUCCUCGGCAAAGGGUCGGCGAGACGCGCCAUGAUUCUCUUUUCAAUUUUUCUGUCCUGCAAAAGUUCAUUCUACAAAAUCGAAAUGAAAAGCUUAUGAAUUUUCUAACGACACCCUGGGAGAACCGCGUUCGAGUAAAUGCCCGUCCCUUUCCUUAUUAUAGACGCCACCAAGGAACAAACUUUGUCCGACCCGAAGGAAAAAAAAUAAAGAAUCGUUGUCAAUCCAAAUCCUUUUUGGAAGGGCUGACCUGUAGUCCACACUCAAAGCUCUUACCUUCGGCUACUCGCCACUCUAUAAAUACCGCGUUUCUCCAUCAGUCUUUCAUUCGACACUGACUCGACAACAAUAAGAACCAAGAUGGCCUUGCUUCUCUGCUUCCUCCUCUCUCUCUUCAUCUCAUCCGCCACUGCUUGCGAUCGCUGCGUCCACCAGUCCAAGGCCGCUUACUUCAGCAAGGCCUCUGCACUUUCGUCUGGAGCAUGUGGGUAUGGCUCUUUGGCUGUGGGCUUCAACAGUGGCUUUCUCGCAGCAGCCAUUCCUUCCCUUUACAAAGAUGGUGCUGGUUGUGGUGCUUGCUUUCAGAUAAGGUGCAAGAACGCCAAUCUGUGCACCAAAGGAGGGACUAGAGUGAUCGUGACCGAUCUCAACCGCAACAACAACACAGACUUCGUGCUCAGCAGCCGAGCUUUCGCGGCCAUGGCUCGCCAGGGGAUGAGCCAGGACAUCUUGAGACAAGGCAUUGUCGACGUCGAAUAUAAAAGAGUCCCUUGCGACUACAAGGACCGGAAUCUGGCCGUUCGGGUGGAGGAGUCGAGCCGAAAGCCAAAUUACCUCGCCAUCAAAGUGCUGUACCAAGGCGGCCAGACCGAAAUCGUGGCCAUGGACGUAGCACAAGUCGGUUCGUCAUAUUGGACCUACAUGAGCAGGAACCACGGCGCUGUUUGGAACACGAGCCGCGUCCCCGAUGGGGCAUUGCAGUUCCGGUUCGUGGUGACCUCUGGCUACGAUGGGAAGUGGAUCUGGGCCAAGAGCGUCCUUCCCGCGGAUUGGCAGAACGGGGUCGUCUACGAUUCAGGAAUCCAAAUCACCGAUAUCGCACAAGAGGGUUGCUCUCAAUGUGACGACGGGAGCUGGUGAUGAGGAGUUUUUGGACCGACCCUUGAUUUAAUUAUCGCCGAUACUAACGUCUAUAUAGAUGAAUUGUCAUAUAGAUCAUGUUCUUGAUUUUCUUUUUCCGGUGAUCUAUGCGAUUUCUUCUGCAUAUAGCGAAUAAAGAGUAAUGGUGUACGUAUAAUUGGGGAAGGUGAAAUGCUGGCCAGGGGUAUCUGACUCGGGCGUAACAUAGAUAGGAAAGGUUUUCUUAAAGUAUCAGUGAUACAAAUUGUACUCUGGUGACAUGUUAAUGAGAAUGUUUGGUAAUAAGUUUCAUAUA